AUGUCUGCGCGUGGCGACGAGCAGGAACAUGGUGAGCUUGAAGGGCGUGGUGGUGGAAAGCGCAACAACGCGAAGGCGGCGGCGGCGGCCAAGGGCAGUCCCUCGGGGAGGCUCUCGGAGGACGUGGCUGGUGGCGAUGAGCAUGAACAUGGCGAGCUUGAAGGGCGUAGUGGUGGAAAGCGAAACAACGCGAAGGCGGCGGCGGCAAAGGGCAGUCCCUCGGGGAGGCUCUCGCAGGAGGUGGCUGGUGGCGACGAGCAGGAACAUGGCGAGCUUGAAGGGCGUGGUGGUGGAAAGCGCAACAACGAGAAGGCAGCGGCGGCGGCCAAGGGCAGUCCCUCGGGGAGGCUCUUGCUGGAUGUGGCUGGUGGCGACGAGCAGGCGCUGCCCAGACCCGUUAUAGAAGGGCUAGCAGAGCAGCGAGGUGGUGGCGGUAUCGAUCAGGAUGAGGACAAGCUUGCAGCAGUCACGGCUGGGAAAGAGCAUGGACGUGAAGCUGUGAUUCCGUACAAACGACGCAAUGCUGUGGACUCGGCCGGUCGCGACCGAAAUGCGAGACAAGCUCGACAAGGGACGAAACAGUAUGUUUCGAGCUCGUCGGGUUCGGAGGAGGGAUCCAGUGACAGUGAGUCAGGCAGCUCAUCAGGGAGUGAGGAAGUAUACGAGGACGAGGAGGAGGAGGAAGAGGAAGAGGAGGAUGAGGAAUUGGAGCCGGAGAGCGAGGAUGAGGAGGAGGCUCGGCCUUUGAAGAGGAGGGGUGUGCGGAAGACCAAGAAGGGCAAUGGAAAGCGAAAAUCGGAGACAGGACGGGUGAAGAACUAUAAGCAGAGUGUGCGUCGUGCCAAACCACAUGGCAAGCGCCAGAGACCUCGAUUCGAAGCUAAAAUUGUGGGUGUGCGUAGCAAGGAGAAGCGGGAGUUGGAUUUUUACGAGUCCAUGGGGCUACGAUGUCCAUCAAGCCCUCAUGAUCGGAAAGCAACCGACACGUAUGCUGCGUUACGCGAGCAGAUGGAUUCGUCUGGGAAGGGAGAUCCGAUCGCUUGGGGGUCAGCGCGGUUUGGCACGGAAGCGACGGACCCGCAUGCAAAGCUUUCGGGGGGUCACGCGGUUCAGGUGAAAAUGGAGGGAGCAAUGAAGCGGCACGAACCCUCGGCCGCCGCAGCAGCCAAUGACGGUGUGGGAGGAGGUGUGUGGGCGAAUUCCUUGGGUGAAUGUGGCGGCGGUGUGGAAGGCUCCAUGUGGGAUGUACGGGAUAGCAGGGGAGAAGGAGGAUACUUGAAAAUGGAUCCGGCGACUAAGGAGGGGAGGGGCGAGAGCAUGGGCACACCUGGCGCAUCCAGUCGGCCAAAUGUGGCUGGAAAGACGGUGGAGCAGCUCAUGCGGGAGCUUGCCCAGCGGGAUCGCGAAAUUGCGGCACUCAAGGCAAGGCCAGGAGCCAAAGGACCUGUCGACCCCUGCACCCCUCCGUCUAGGCCUCCUCGUAUUGCGUCUCUGUCGAGCGGCCCAUCUGCAGUGGGCCUCGAUCCAGGCGUGGCGCCAGAAAGCCCAUCGACGGUAGACGUACCAGUCCGUCGAACGCGUGGGAUGCCCAAGCCCAAGCUGCUGAAGAGCCCCUGUUCAUGGCGCUGCUUGUCUGGUAUGGGUGGCAUGCGGCGCAGAGAUAGCAGCAGCCAUCUCUGUCAUCCCUACGCGCCCAAUCCCUUCUUUCCGCUUGCUCCUCCCCCCCCCUCUCUAUCCCACCACUCUCCCUCCUCUUCCAGAGCCCCUCUAAACGGUGCUGCUGGUCUGGUGUGGGUGGCAUGCGGCGCAGAGAUAGCGGCAGCACUCUCUGUCAUCCCCACAGCCCCUCUAAACGGUGCUGCUGGUCUGGUGUGGGUGGCAUGCGGCGAAGAGAUUGCAGCAGCACUCUCUGUCAUCCCCACGUGCCCAAUCCCUUCUUUCCGCUUGCUCCUCCCCCCCCCCUCUCUAUCCCACCUCUCUCCCUCCUCUUCCAGAGCCCCUCUAAACGGUGCUGCUGGUCUGGUGUGGGUGGCAUGCGGCGCAGAGAUAGCAGCAGCACUCUCUGUCAUCCCCACAGCCCCUCUAAACGGUGCUGCUGGUCUGGUGUGGGUGGCAUGCGGCGAAGAGAUUGCAGCAGCACUCUCUGUCAUCCCCACGUGCCCAAUCCCUUCUUUCCGCUUGCUCCUCCCCCCCCCUUCUCUAUCCCACCCCUCUCCCUCCUCUUCCAGAGCCCCUCUAAACGGUGCUGCUGGUCUGGUGUGGGUGGCAUGCGGCGCAGAGAUUGCAGCAGCACUCUCUGUCAUCCCCACAGCCCCUCUAAACGGUGCUGCUGGUCUGCUGUGGGUGGCAUGCAGCGCAGAGAUAGCAGCAGCACUCUCUGUCAAACCCACGUGCCCAAUCCCUUCUUUCCGCUUGCUCCUCCCCCCCCCCUCUCUAUCCCACCACUCUCCCUCCUCUUCCAGAGCCCCUCUAAACGGUGCUGCUGGUCUGGUGUGGGUGGCAUGCGGCGCAGAGAUAGCGGCAGCACUCUCUGUCAUCCCCACAGCCCCUCUAAACGGUGCUGCUGGUCUGGUGUGGGUGGCAUGCGGCGAAGAGAUUGCAGCAGCACUCUCUGUCAUCCCCACGUGCCCAAUCCCUUCUUUCCGCUUGCUCCUCCCCCCCCCCUCUCUAUCCCACCUCUCUCCCUCCUCUUCCAGAGCCCCUCUAAACGGUGCUGCUGGUCUGGUGUGGGUGGCAUGCGGCGCAGAGAUAGCAGCAGCACUCUCUGUCAUCCCCACAGCCCCUCUAAACGGUGCUGCUGGUCUGGUGUGGGUGGCAUGCGGUGAAGAGAUUGCAGCAGCACUCUCUGUCAUCCCCACGUGCCCAAUCCCUUCUUUCCGCUUGCUCCUCCCCCCCCCCUCUCUAUCCCACCCCUCUCCCUCCUCUUCCAGAGCCCCUCUAAACGGUGCUGCUGGUCUGGUGUGGGUGGCAUGCGGCGCAGAGAUUGCAGCAGCACUCUCUGUCAUCCCCACAGCCCCUCUAAACGGUGCUGCUGGUCUGCUGUGGGUGGCAUGCAGCGCAGAGAUAGCAGCAGCACUCUCUGUCAAACCCACGUGCCCAAUCCCUUCUUUCCGCUUGCUCCUCCCCCCCCCCUCUCUAUCCCUCCCCUCUCCCUCCUCUUCCAGAGCCCCUCUAAACGGUGCUGCUGGUCUGGUGUGGGUGGCAUGCGGCGCAGAGAUAGCGGCAGCACUCUCUGUCAUCCCCACGAACCCUAAACCCUUCUUUCCGCUUGCUCCCUCCCCCCCCCUUCCCCUCUCCAUCCCACCCCUCUCCCUCCUCUUCCAGAGCCCCUCUAAACGAGCCCCUCUAAACGGUGCUGCUGGUCUGGUGUGGGUGGCAUGCGGCGCAGAGAUAGCAGCAGCACUCUCUGUCAUCCCCACAGCCCCUCUAAACGGUGCUUCUGGUCGCGUGUGUGGCAUGCGGCGCCAGCGUGUAGCGGGCCGGGCUGCAGCGGGGGUUGUGACUCUUACACGUACCCCCGAUGCAUCCCCACUUUGGCAUGCGACUACAUACCUGCUCUCCUCGCCCAUGCUUGUAGCGCAUGUGCAAACACAUCCGCAUGACAGCCAUCCGUUGGUUCUUCUCCCACACUCCCCUUCUCCCGCCCCCCGUUUAACUCCCGCCCUCCUCUUCUCUCCCGCCACCCCCUUCUCUCCCGCCCUCCCUUCCUCUACCGCCCUCCCCUUCUCUCCCGCCCUCCCCUUCUCUCCUGCCCUCCCCCUAUCUCCCGCCCACCCCUACUCUCCCGCCCUCUCGCCAUUCAUUCCCCCCCGCCCUCGAUGUUCAUCCAUACCCUUUGGACAACCCUAA